AGCUGAUGAUCUGAAUCAGGUGUGUUAAAUAAACGAGACACACAACAUGUGAAAACCACUGAUCUAAAUCACCAGCAGCACAAACUACACCAGAGAUCUUCAGUUCUUCAGAACAAACCCAGACUCCGACACAAAGCACAAUGAAUUUCUCCGAUUUCUUCUACCCUGAAAAUCCUAAAAUGAGGGAGACGCUUAUCCGCAAAAGUCAAGAGAUUGCAGAACUGAUGAAGAACAACUUCAGAGCCACCAACCAACUCAUUGAUGUUCUGCAAAAACACUUGGGAUUGCACUUCAAUAAAAUCAGCCUGAAUGAGAGAGCUACUGUUAAGGCCAACUGCGAUGUAUUAAUUCAACGCAUCCGUGAGAUCCAGGAUCAGCUAGAGAAGAUUGACAAGGAGCUGAUGAAGAAGCUGGAACCUGACUUAUAUGAGAAACUGAAGAAAAUAAAUCUGUCUAUUCCUGAACGUGCAAAAGUUUCAGGAAUUCUUCGUGAAAUUCAGUUUGGUGUUGCAUUCAGUGCAAUCUCUUUAGUAGUCGGUUGGUUAUUUCAAAUGAUACCAACUCUGGCAAGCAUAACAGGCACAUGUGGAGUCAUUGCAUUAGGGUUAUUAGGCUGUGUUGUCUUUGGGGUGCUAUUAAUGGGGAUCGAUAUGAUUUUUCAGGCCAUCCUAGGCGGUAUUGAGCGUGAUCGGCUUAAGCAAGCUCUUAUAGAGUAUGAAGAUGCUUUAGAGGAUUUCAGGCCGGCUUCUGAAAAAUAUCAAGAUAGCAUAAUCGAAGUCAAGUUGACUAUUCAACUUCAGGAGAAACGGAACUUGUUUUCUUAAACAUCAGCAUCAUUGGCUUUUCUUGUAUGAUUUUUUUUAAUUUUUUUGUUUUGUUUAUAUUGUCAGAAAUGUUUGCUUGAAUAAUAAGCAAGCAAGCCAAACCUACUGCAUGACUGUUAAAAAAUAUCUGAGUUUAAGUUUAAAUGAACAAUUUAGUAAAUAUGCGAAAUGUAAAACGCUUAUAUAUUUGAAUACUUAAAUAAAAGCACAAGUGUUACUUGAACUAAACAUCCACGAAUACUUCAU